AUGGCCCAGUCGCAGCUCCAAAGGCCGAACUUGUUGAACGCGGUGCUUGACGCUGCCGGAGGCCUCGACCACUUCAACCAGAUCGAAUGGGUUGAAGUCGUCGCCGAUGUAUCCGGGGCGUUCUGGGCAAAGAAGGGCUACCCGAACCGUCGCCUGAUGACCGCCUAUGUGGACGUGCACAAGCCGAGGGCCGUCUUCUACAACUUUGGAGCUCACCUGGACGAGCCGCACCUGCGCUGGAUCUGGACGCCCAAGCACCUGUCAGUCGAGCGGCCAAACGGCAGUGUGAUCCUCUCGCGCAGUGACCCAUACAAACACUUUGCAGGCCACGUCCUGACCACGCCCUGGGAUGAUCUGGAUCUGCUGUAUUUCACGGGCUAUGCACUGUGGAACUACAUCGUGACGCCCUUCUACUUUACCUGGCCGGGAAUAUUGACUCGGGAGCUUGACGAUUAUCAUCACACAACAGAGGCCGGCGGCGGCGACGAGACCUGGCGCGUUCUGGAGGUGACGCAUCCGGCUGACUUCGCCACCCACUGCAGGGUGCAGAAGUUCUACUUUGACCCCCGCUCCUAUCGGCUACGACGGCUCGACUACACGGUCGACGUCGUCGGGGAUUCGGGCCCCAUGGCACACUACGUCUACGACGAGAAGAAGGUCGGUGGGAUCCUUUUCCCCACCCUCCGCCGCGCGUUGAAUGUCGUGGAUGGUCGGCCCACGGGCUGGUCGGCGGUGUUGAUCAACUUCCACAAGAUCUCCGUCAAGACCCCAGACGCUGCUCGUCCGAGCUUGUAG